AUACUGUAAAAUUAACUCAGCAUUUCCUCUUCAUACAUAGACAUACAUACAUAUAUAUAUAAAUACUAAGUUUUUCUUUUCUGGGUUUUUCCAUUUCUUUAGGUUAAUUAAUGAUGACGAAGUAUCAAGAAUAUGAGCUUGUGUUUAGCCACUUUGAUGAAAAUGGAGACGGAAAAAUAUCGGCUUCUGAGUUGCAGAAUUGUGUCGGUGCAAUAGGUAGACAGCUGUCGCUGGCGGAGGCGGUGGCAGCGAUUGAACAUUCGGAUUUGGACGGAGAUGGGUUAUUGGAUCUUGAAGAGUUUGUUAGGUUCAUUGAUGGAGGUGAAGAAGAAGAGAAAGUUAAUGACUUGAAAGAAGCAUUUAAAAUGUAUGAAAUGGAAGAAAGUGGAUGCAUUACACCAAAGAGUUUGAAGAGAAUGUUAAGUAGAUUAGGUCAGUCAAGUAGUAUUGAAGAAUGUAAAACUAUGAUUGCCAAGUUUGAUCUUAAUGGCGAUGGAGUUCUUAAUUUUGAUGAGUUUAAGGUUAUGAUGUUAUGAACUUGUUCAUGCAGUAGAGUCUUUAGUCAUAUAGCUAUUGUAUAUGUAUAUGUUUAAUUGUUUAUUGAUUGAUCAUUAAUUAAUAAUUUGUUUAUUUAUCUUAA